AGAACAGAGCAACAGAACAGAGUAAAGACAUUUCUGACAGAGUGAUGGUCAUAUGACAGAACAUCAGCAUCUGCGUCGGAGAGUUUCUUUCAGUCCUUCUCGUGACAGUGUUCUUUGUCUCCUUAAAGUGAUAACUAGGUUGCCAUGGUGAUCCUCCAGCAUCAUAGCAACAACCUCAGCACCGGGCACAGCUCCAUGUCGGACCCUGUGGGCGCGCUGAGCCGGGCGGGUCACACUGCGGCGGCCGUUGUUCUCGGCUUCAUUCUGGUCCUGGGCUUCAUCGGUAACUUCCUCGUGCUCCUGGUGUUCUCGCGCUUCUCUCAGCUGCAGUCUCCCGUCAAUCUGCUGUUGGUCAACAUCAGCGCGAGCGACAUGCUCGUCUGCAUCUUCGGGACCCCGCUCAGCUUCGCGGCCAGCGUGCGCGGCAGGUGGCUCACCGGGUCGUACGGGUGCAGGUGGUACGGUUUCUCCAACGCGCUUUUCGGUAUAGUGUCUCUGGUAUCUCUCUCUCUGCUGUCCUUUGAGCGUUACUCUGUGGUGCUCUGCACGCAGCUAGAGUCCUCUCAGUACCAAAGGGCCAGACUCGCCAUCGCCGCCUCAUGGGUCUACUCGCUGGUCUGGACUCUGCCACCACUUCUGGGCUGGAGCAGCUAUGGGCCGGAGGGUCCCGGGACCACCUGCUCGGUUCAGUGGCACCAGCGCUCUGCCACAGCUCGCUCCUACACCAGCUGUUUGUUCAUCUUCUGCCUGCUCCUGCCGCUGCUGCUUAUGAUCUUCUGCUACGGGAGGAUACUGCUGGCUCUGCGAGCGGCCCGACAGGUCAGUAGGAUCAACAGGUCGAGGGAAGGCCAGGUCCUUCUUAUGGUUGUCUCCAUGGUGACGGGCUAUCUGUUGUGCUGGAUGCCUUACGGUGUUGUUGCGAUGCUCGCCUCCUUUGCACGCCCCGGUUUGGUGACGCCUGCUGCCAGUUUAAUCCCCUCCCUGCUGGCGAAGACCAGCAGUGUCCUCAACCCCAUUAUUUAUGUGCUGCUCAACCACCAGUUCUCCAGGUGUUUCCUGUACAUGAUCAGGUGCAGCUCAGAAGCUCCACCCACCCCAGUCCACCACAUAAUGCGCAGCAGCAGAGCACUGUGGAUUCAUGACCCAAACGUGCCGACAGAGGAACAAAACGUGGAGCCUGCCACGUUCACAUCCAUAGAACCUGCAGCAGGUUCAGCAGCCUGUCCUGGUGCGGCUCAAUGUGCAAUGCAGAGGUCAAAGGUCAUUUUAGUUCUGUGAUCAGUUAAGGACCAGUGUGUGGUAUUUAGUGUCAUCUGGUGUGGUUGUGGAUUGCGGCGUCCUUGUUUCUGAAACAUUUUAUACCACCUCAGAUAAGAUUAUGCUUAGGCUAAGCAUACACUACAGACCGUUCUCACAGUUUAUUCCUAAUACAAUUAUUUAUUGUUGACUGUUGUCACUGUACAAAGGGAACUGGCACUAAUAAUGGAUGUAUGCACAUGCAUGACUGGACUAGGUAGCACACUAUAUUGAAACAAAAAUAAAUAUGAAAGGCAAAACUCAUUUCAAAUUACAUUUCAAGUAUUUUCAGUGGUAGGAUUUUGAUAGUAUUUGUAGGUGCCAGCUCAUAGUUUGUGAUAAUUGGGUGCAUGCCUUUACGAGUUUAUUAUUUUUCACAUACGGGGACAUGCGUCACAUAGUGGGGUGUUACGUCAGCAGUAGUAAUAUCAGCUGUUCUUCACCUGGUGGGUUUUUUGUGUUUGAAUGAACUGAGAGGGUGAGGGGGAAAGUCCUACUUUGCUGACCGCUUUGCUCCACUAUGCUUUGUUUUGCUUAAUAUUAUCUAAAAGUCAACAAGAUGCAUGGACAUAUUGAACAUCAUGAAAUCGUCCGUUGUUUGUGUUUGACUUGAAAU